AUGUCACGCAACAAACGCAACAGCAGCACAACCGUUGCAACCGCCGCCGCUUCGGAAGACAUGUGGACCAACAUCGAUCGAUAUAUUUCUCAGCAUACCAAACGAGAGGAAGAUGACCGUUACCUAUUGAGCAAGGACAACAUAUCUGGGAAGCGACGAGAUAAUCGCGACGAUGUUGGCAACGAUCGGGAGGGAACCGACUCUGAGCAGAAACAGCGACAAAUUGAACGCAAGAAACGGCGCGUUUUUCUGCUCAACGACGACGAUGACGACGACGACGACGACGACAACGAGGAAGAAAACGACAACGAGGAACAAAAUGGCAACGAGAAACGAAAACAGGGCAACGCACGUGGCCGAAAGUCCUAUCAUCGCCCAUCUGUUUCGUACAAACGAGCUGUUGUUGACAAUAGCCACGACUAUGGCGAUAAUGACGAUACGAUCGACGAUCGCAAUGACAAGAAAAUUGAAAAACGUCGGCGCUCACCGCCGGUACGCAUCCCCAACAAGCGUGGCGAUCGAACGGAACGCGAUCGGUCCCCUGUGAGAAACAUACGCGGACGCGCUACUACCGAACGCAUUGUUGAAAAGUCAGAACGUACCAUGGAACGGCUCGAACGCGUUCGACCUGUUGGCAAUAGCGUCGACAAUGACGGUGGCGUCGGCGGCAGUAACGACGGUGCCGCUGCCACCGAUGAUCAACGUGGUGGUGGUGGUGGUGGUGGUGGUGAAAAGUUGGACACUGUCAGGCGAUGCCGCUGCAGAUAUCAGACGAAUUUGGAACAAUUUGGGCAAUAUGUGGAACUCGAUGAGCAUGAAACACAAGAGUAA